GACGCUCUUCGUACUAGUAGUAGUAGUAGUCAAGGUGGGCGUAGCCCAAAUCACGGCCGCAGAGCCAAUAAACCGUGAUGAUUUAGCCAGGGUGGGUGUGGGUAUAGCCCAAACCAAGACCGCAGAGCCAAUAACCAGAGAUGAUUUCCCGUCUGAGUUUGUUUUUGGUUCAGGGAGCUCAGCUUAUCAGGUUGAAGGGGCAGCGUUCGAGGAUGGAAAGUCUACCAGCGUUUGGGAUACUUUCGCUCACUCUGGAGGACUGAUACCGGUGGACAAAAGCAACGGUGACAUAGCCUGUGACGAGUAUCACAAAUAUAAGGAAGAUGUCAAACUCAUGGUGGAUACAGGAUUGGAAGCUUACCGGUUCUCCAUCGCAUGGCCCAGACUUAUUCCAAAUGGAAGAGGACUUGUGAAUCCAAAGGGACUACAAUACUACAAUAGUCUCAUUAAUGAACUCAUCAGCCAUGGAAUUCAACCACAUGUUACACUAUUCCAUUAUGAUCUUCCUCAAACACUCGAAGAUGAAUACAAAGGAUGGUUGAGCCUAAAGAUUGUGAAGGAUUUCACAGCAUAUGCAGAUGUAUGCUUCAGAGAGUUCGGUGAUAGAGUUUCCCAUUGGACUACUUUGAACGAGCCCAAUGUGUUCGCAUUAGGAGCAUAUGACAUAGGAGUUUUCCCACCUGCCCAUUGUUCUUCCCCAUUUGGUAUCAAUUGCAAAAUCGGCAACUCUACUGUUGAGCCAUACAUUGCUGCCCAUAAUAUCUUGCUUGCUCAUGCAUCAGUUGCAAGAUUGUACAAAAAGAAGUACCAGGCCAAGCAAAAGGGAUUUAUAGGGAUCAAUUUAUUUGCCUAUUGGUUAGCUCCUUUGACAAACACAACAAAAGAUAUAAGAGCAACUCAGAGGGCCAAUGACUUCUAUAUUGGUUGGUUUUUGGACCCAUUGGUGUUUGGAGAUUACCCUGAAAGUGUGAAAAAGAAUGCUGGCUCAAGGAUCCCUUCUUUCACUCCAAGCCAAUCAAGGCUAGUGAAAGGUUCAUAUGACUUCUUUGCACUAAACCAUUACUACACAAUGUACGUACAGGAUGAUCCUGAUAGUCUCAAACACGAUCAGAGAGACUAUAUGAGAGACAUGGCCAUCAAGUUGAUAAAUAAAGCGAAAGGAUUACCAAUUCCGGGUGAGCUCCCAGCCAUUCCGUUUGGCAUGCAAGGUGUGCUGGAGUAUAUCAAGCAAACUUAUGACAACCCACCCAUCUACAUACACGAAAAUGGUCAAAUUACAUCUCAUAAUUCAUCAUUGAAUGACAUGUCAAGGGUGAAAUUCUUAGAGGGCAACAUUGAAAGUCUACUGCAGGCUGUGAGGAAUGGAUCAAAUGUUAAAGGGUAUUUCACUUGGUCCUUUUUAGAUGUAUAUGAACUAUUUUAUGGCUACCAAGCAAGCUAUGGCCUCUAUUAUGUAGACUUCAACAGCCCUGAUUUGAAGAGACAGCCUAAGGUAUCUGCACAUUGGUACUCCAACUUUCUCAAGGGGAGAAGAAGAAGAAACAAGGAUCAAUACCCUUAUGAUCAUUGAAUAUUGAAUAUGUGUAGUUGAAUUUUUUUUCCAUAAAUUCCCACUCUCUUGAUGAGCCAGAUGGGACUGUUGGAGUUUUGGUGUUUGGUUCAGUAAAUCUUUGGAAUGACAUUCUUUAGAAUGAUAAUUCUUAAUUUUUGAA